UCUCCCUCUCCCUCAUCUCCUCACUUCACUUUCUCUCACUACAACCAAACAACUCUCUCUCUUUUCAAAUAUGAAGAAGCUUAUGAGGAGAUUAUCCAAGGUUGCUGAUUCUUCCCAGUACUGCUUGUUGAGGUCACACUCCAGGGCGCCCGACUCCUUAAGGAAGAGGUCCGGAGGCGUGCCGGAGGGUCACCUCCCGGUCUAUGUCGGAGAGGAGAUGGAGAGGUUUGUGGUCAGCGCCGAGUUGUUGAAUCACCCGAUCUUCGUGAAGCUGCUCAAUAAGUCGGCGCAGGAGUACGGGUACGAGCAGAAAGGCGUGUUGCGGAUCCCCUGCCAUGUCUUCCUCUUCGAGCGGGUGCUCGAGGCGCUCCGCACCGGCGGUGAGGCGCGUGACAUGCAAGACCUACUCAACUCUCUCUCCGAUGAGUUGUACUAGGGAAAACAGGCGACGUGUUAAUUAAUUAUAUUAGUUAGAGGACACACAAAAACCCAAAAAAAAAAGAAUGAUUGUGAUGAUGAUGCAGCUGAUUUUAGCUAUGGUAUAAUUUUACAUCUUCCUUCUUUUUUUGGAUAAUUUUUCCUCUUUCUUUUGGCUUCUCCGUUGUAAAUACUUUGUAAGGAACAAAGUGGAGAAGUAAAAAGUUGAGGAUUUUGAUGAAGGUACUGUUUUUCGCCUUAUGAUGUAGAAUGCGAAGAGAACGAGAAGGAUUUUAAAGUGUUUUACUACGAUUUAA